GGCGAAUGCUCACGGAAGUGCUAUGACAUCUUUGUGCUGGAGACGGUGUGCGUGGCAUGGUUUUCAUUUGAGUUCCUGCUGCGAUCCAUCCAGGCGGAGAACAAGUGUGCUUUCCUGAAAACCCCACUCAAUAUCAUCGACAUCCUGGCCAUCUUGCCUUUCUAUAUCUCUCUCAUUGUGGAUACGGUCUCCACAAAAAACAGCAGCAAGCCCAGUGGCGGAGCUGGGAACAAGUACCUGGAACGAGUGGGCCUGGUGCUGCGCUUCCUGCGGGCUCUGCGCAUCCUGUACGUGAUGAGGUUGGCCCGGCACUCGCUGGGGCUGCAGACGCUGGGGCUCACUGUGCGCCGGUGCACCAGGGAGUUCGGGCUCCUCCUGCUCUUCCUUUGCGUCGCCAUGGCCCUCUUCUCGCCCUUGGUGUACUUGGCUGAGAGUGAACUGGGAGCCAAGCAAGAAUUCACAAGUGUCCCCACCAGUUACUGGUGGGCUGUGAUCUCCAUGACAACUGUUGGCUACGGGGACAUGGUGCCUCGUAGCAUCCCUGGACAGGUGGUAGCCCUGAGCAGUAUCUUGAGUGGGAUUUUGCUGAUGGCUUUCCCAGUCACGUCCAUCUUUCAUACCUUUUCCCGUUCCUACAGCGAGCUGAAGGAGCAGCAGCAGCGAGCAGCAAGCAGGCAGAUGCGCCAGCUAGAAGAGAGCACCAAACUCCCAGGUGGUGACAGUGCACAGGCGAUCAGUGUCACGUUCCUGCUGGAUGCUGCUGAGCAGAAGGGUCAGCCUUCCGUGGACCAGGAAGCCAAGAGAAGUUGUUGACUCUGAACAGCCGAAGACGUAUGUUGGCAGCACAAGAAGCAGUGGACAAGGGGGGCAGUUCUGCAAGAAGAACCUCCUGAACUGCAUAAAUGAGGGGCAGACACA